AUGGGGCAAGAUAUAUCUCAUUCGCAAUACCCACCCGACGAAACCUUGCAACCUGGGACAUAUCGUAUUUCUAACGCGGUUACCGGAACCGCCGUUCAAGUCUCUGAUGAUGAUUCCACUAAGAUUGUUACAUGGCAGCAGCACGAUAGAGAAAACCAACAGUGGUUCUUACAACGAUCGGGUCAUGGGUAUCGACUCCGAAAUCGGCGUCAUAAUGCCUAUUUAGCUGUGUCUAACACAGACAACCAUGCUCUAGUAUUAAAGCCGAUUCUAGGUGUCACCACAUCCUUUGACUCGGGCAUUAGCGUCCAACUUGCAGAUAUGAAUCGAGUCCUUGAUCUCCACUGGGGUUCAGGUCACAAUGGAAAUGAGAUCCACAUCUGGAACCUGGACGGAGGCAACAUGCCUCACAGAAUUUGGAGGGUAGAGCGUAUAGGUGACGAUUUCGGAGAAGAAACGACAGAUUCUCGACAGGAACAUGAAUUAUCACAGCUGAGGGGCGAAUUAUCCAAAGCAAAACAGGAGCUCUCGGAUCUGCACAGCUUGCUUUAUCAGCGCGAUGAGACUAUACGUCAACUUCAGCAGGAUUUGAAGGCUAAGGAAGAGGCGCUCAAGCAUGCUCGCAAAACAGACGAAGAAUCCACCCAAUUGCGUCAUCAGCAUAGUAUCUUGGAGUCCAAAUUUCAACAACAGCAAACGGAGACCGCGAGCCUUCAAGCAAAGAUGGACCGGGUCGAGUACCUUAUGUCACAAAUGAUGAAUAAACCUAGUGGGGACCCUGGAGCUGGGAACAAGUGGCAAACACAUUCAUAUUCCCUACGGGGUACUGGCAGCUUCAAGUAUUGGGAUUUCGAGUAUCUAGAGGACGAUACCAAGCGCAUGACAUUGGAGCAGUUUGGAACAAAUGCGAAGGAAGAAGAGUACAAACAGGAAGUUGCUUACCUACAGAAAGAGCUCAAGUGCGCCAGCAAGCAAGUGAUUGCGUGUGGAACUGAGCUCUAA